UCGCUAGAUCGCCAUAGCUUUCUGCGAUGUACUUCAAACCCGAAUAUCCAACCCGGUUAAACGGUCGACCCGGUUCAUGAAACCAUGUCCGCCUCCAAAGCCAAGCUCCUCUGCAACUUCGGCGGCGAGUUCACUCGCCAACUGGGCAAACUCAGCUAUAUGGGAGGCAAGACUCGGCUGGUCCUCGUCGACCGCUCAGUCAGUUUCGACGAACUUCGAUCGAAACUGAGUCAACUCACUUGCGCUUGUCCAUUCUCCAUCGAGAUCAAGUAUCAGCUUCCCGACGAGAGCUUGGAGUCUCGCCUCGUCUCCGUCGAGUGCGAAGACGACGUCGUUGCGAUGAUGAGCGAGUUCGAGGCUUCGCAGAGGAUUCAGGUUUACAUCUUCGCUUCGGACCACAGGGAGAGUGCUAGUCCAGUUGUUGCCCAACCAGUAUUUAGUGGUCCAGCCUCAACUCAUGGAGUUGGUGAAGGUAUUUCCCAGGCUUCUGUAGAUAGCCACACCAGUCCAGCAUUAUCAGAAUUGGUUAAUGGAAGAGAAAGUGAUACCUUAACUGUUGGCCAGGAAUUCCCUGAUGCACGCUGCUUUCGUGAUGCAUUAGUAGCUUCUGCCAUUGCCUCGAAGUUUGAACUAACGUUUAUCAGAUCAGACCGGUCUCGAGUAACUGCUCGAUGUGCUGCAGAUGAUUGUCAAUGGCGAAUACAUGCAUCUAAGCUCCCAGAUGGUGAAACUUUCCAAAUUAAGACAUUGAAGGGGAAGCAUUCUUGUGUAUGGCCAGAGCGUUCUAGUCAUCGCCAAGCAAACAUGAAAUGGAUCUUAAGUUGUAUCAUGGACCGUGUUCGAGAAAACAUUAAUUACAAACCCAAGGAAAUUAUGAGAGAUAUUGAACAAGAAUAUGGUGUCAUUAUUCCUUAUUUAAAGGCUCAUCGUGCUAAAGAGCGGGCUCUAGAAUCUAUAUUUGGGAUGCCGAUUAAGGAUAUAGUUCUUAAUCAAGCUGAAGUUCAUAAUUUGGAGAAUGACCUACAUACUAUUCUGGAUCAGAGAAAAAAGAAGCCUCUAAAAGGGAGUUCGGUUCAUUGCAAUCUGUGCAGAAAGGCAGGACAUAAUCGUAGGAGUUGCAUAAAGUUGAGUCAGAAUGAAAGCCAGGCUUCCAGUCUCAAAGAAAAAAACUUCCAUUGCAUGCUUUGCAAACAAAGUGGACAUAACAGGAGGACAUGCCAAUGCAAGGUUAGUUCUUGGCUGACCUACUAUUAACUCUCUCUUUCUCUCUCAAGACAUUAUUUUAGAUCUCCUUCUCUUCCUCAGACCAUUUUUCUUUGUUCUAAAAAGUGGUUUUCUGUUCUGUAGCAGGUGGAACAAGUUUGGAUAAAAUAGUGUUUAGCUGUCUAGAUAUUUUUACUCUUUUUAUGUAAAUUUUUGUUGUUUGAAAGGCAUGUUUACUUGCUUGUUUUCCUAAUCAUUUUAGUUUUUUUUUAAUAUAUUCAUUUUAAUCAUGUAUGUACCAGUACAACUUGCAGCCUUUAUUUUCUUUUGCUGCAAUACAGUUGGAAGAACUUUGGAUUUUUUGUUUGUUGACAGAUGCAUUAACAAUACAGUAAAUGACAAGGAGGCCUUUGGAUGCCCAAUGAGAAUGAAAUAAUUAGGAUGCAUAUUUCAUGGUA